UAACAUUGAACGUCGAUAUAUUGUGCAGCGCUCAAUUCACCCAGAGUGGAGGAAGAUAGCCAGGGAGGAGGUGGCCUCAAUUAGUGGUGUUAUCCAUUUCUCACUGGUCACUUGUUGGUCCCCUGUGGUUUUAACCAGGCUAUGUGUGACAGCACUGAAUCCAAAUGGAAAUGAAUUCCAAGACCCUUUCGUGAGGUCACAGUGUAAAACCACACAUGUGUGUGAUGGAGGCACAGACGCGUAUCUCUGCCUGUUACUGUUACUGUUACUGUUACUGCUCUCUCCCCGGCCGGCCCGCGGCUAACGGCUGCAUAUGUAUCCUCGCAGAUCGGUGCCAAGUGCCUCAGUGCGGCAUGCGGGUGGCACAGGGACGGCUGCCCAGUGUGUGAGCCCCCCCUCCCUCCCCCCGAUCAGCUGAGAUGAUUAUGCCGCUGCACCACGCCUCCGUCAUCCCCCGCGAUGUCACUUCCUCCCGCCUGUCAGGAAGCAGCAAGACCAAGGAGCGUGACCGGCAGGCAGGAAGUCCCACCUCUGUCAACGUGCCCUGCAACCUGCCUAGGACCUCCGUCACGCCGUCCAUCCAGGACAUCUGCAGCUCUCAUGCGACGGCAGUGCGUGCGGGCCCCCAGCAGCCGCUGCAGACUGCGGCGGUGCUCCCUCCCUGCGGGGGACCCCCGGUGACCGCUCUGUGCCUGGCCUCUUCCCCUUUGAGCCCUGACUGGCUCUCGCUGCUGCGGGCGGGUGGCCCGCUGCGUUCCUCCCGCUCGCUGGACGACGUGGGCCCCCGGCCGGGCAGCCUCUCCCACGGGCUUCGCUUUAUCGACCGGCCGAGCUCCGAUGGCGAGCUGGCCCCGCCCGCCCUGGCCCCCCUGCUCUCCAACACCUGCAAGCUGAUCGGUGGGCUGACGGGGAUACUUGCCCCCGUGCCCCGCCCCCCCAACGUGGGAAGCCUGGGCAGCUUUGCAUGCGGUCUGCACGUCUCCAAGUCCUCAAGCUGCAUCCUGGGGGUCAGCGAGCCGCCCAGUGAUGAUGACGCGUCCCUUGCGCGGCCCGUGUGGCCCCCGGUGGCUCCUCUUUGCUCCCCAGAGGGGGACAGUGAUCUGGACCGCUGCUCCUCCACCCCGUCAGACAAAACUGUCCCACUCUCUCCCUAUUCGCUGUCAGCUGAUUGCUGCAGGUUGGUGCUCUGCUCUGUGCUUCCCCUGCAUCCCGCUUCCUGCGUCUUGCUAUGGCUUCCCCACCUCCUCCUGUCUCCUGCCUCCUCUGCCUGUUUGUCUUAGAGUCUGCAGUUUGCUUUUUAGUAUAUUUUGCUGCUCAUUGCAUAUAAACAUGACCCUGUUCUGCCCCUCUGAGUGAUGAGCGGUGGUCUGUGCCCCCACCUACGUGACCUCCAUGUGGAGCCCCUGUGCAGAGUGAAUGACACCUAACCUGCACAUUACUCCAGUCAUGCAGGCACCUUCUGAUAGGUGUGCUGACCUGCUUUUUGGGGAACCUCUACCUCCAAGCUGUCUCUGGACCAUGCAGCUGGUCCAGCUUAUCAGAUGUUGGCUACUAUUCUUCUAGUUUACUUGCUAUCUCAGAGUGACCUUUUGCUGAUCCUCCUCCUCU